AUGGCGACAUACCCAGCCCAGGGCUCCGAAGAUCUCACGGUGGACGCCCCGACGGCGCAGGAUGCCGUCGCGGCCGCUGCUCGCUUCGAGCAGCUCGGGCACAGUGCCUUUCUGAAGCAUCCGCCCAGCCUCUACUCUGGCGCAGAUUCUGUCUGGUUCUCCCGCUUUUCCCCGGGAGCAGGCGACGCCCCUGCCAUGCGGCUGCCUGGCCGAGUCAACUGCUUGUACCGGGCUCGCUACUUUGUGGAACCACGGCUGCGGCUAUCAUUGCUGCCGCGGAUGCUUGCCUCUUCGCCUCUCUUCGACGAUGCUCUCAGCCGGCUCCGGCGGCAACUUUGCGAGGCAAAGGCGAUCAACGGAAAUGAAGACCCGUGCAGCGAAAGCAAGCCCCGGCCUUCGACCGCUGGCCACCGCAGCCUGCGUGCCAUAAGUCUCACCUUAUGCGUGGCCAACAUCAAACACGAGGUUCUCGCCGACUCACGGCCACGGCUGGGUUCGGAGGUGUACAGCGCCUUGAAGACCAUGCUCGCAAGGCACGGCGGCUUGAAGGAAGACGACGUGAAGCUCCGGUUUUCUCCCGCUGAGUGGACAGGACUGGCUGCCGACAGCAAUCUUCAGGUGGUGGCCACCUUUGCGCCAAGCGAGGAGGCCACAUUGGAACAUGCAUCAGGAGCACUGUCCUAUGCCCGAGCGCAGGGCUGGCUACAACGCAGCCUCGUGGAAGCACUGGAAGCAGUCCCGGGCAUUGAGGAUGCAUACGCGAACUUAAGCGGCGCAUUGCAGCUGCCAGAGCAGUUCAUCUCCCUCCACGAGACGGCCAUCCCAGUUCCUGCUGCCGACACUAAUGCCUCGAAUGCCAUGGAUUUCUCUAUGACAUCUGUGACAACCGACAGGAGGCAGCUCACUGCUUCCCUCGACCUGGACUUGCAUCAAGGGCUCCGAAACCGAACAGCACAGGCCGUAGAUGCGCUCUUCUUCCACUUCGGCACCCAUGUCUGCCCUGAGGUCGUGCUCGGCGGCUGGUGGAAGGUUGCCGCCAGCUACGAUGCCUCGGAACAGGAAUCUCUCGCGGUCAGCGAGGCCUUGAGCAAUGCUAUUGAGGAGGUGCAGAAGGAGCCGCGGAUGGGUGCCCGCAGCACUUUGGGUGCGGCCGUGCAGAUUUCCCAGCAGCGCAGGGGAGGCGAAGCAUACUCCAGCACUUCACUCCAGGAAUGGCGGCAGAGUUUGGGGGACGCUCCGAAUGUCAACUGGCGCGUCAUUGACCGCGACCUCCCCAGAUGCAUCGGGAUUUGGAACUGGGCUGACGAUGAUGAGCUGCGCUCCUUGCUCUGCGACCACUGGCUUCGGAUCUACCGCGGAGAGGAUGCACCGGAGCUUGCCAAUGCGGAGCAGGAACGAUUCUGCGGCGUGGAGGGGUUGUGGGAGCUUCAAAGAAGCCAGGAAGAGUUUUCCGAAUCAACUGCGACGGCAACUACGACAGAAGCUGCUUCGGUGGGGACGUCAGCAGCAAAACCAGCAACGUCGCUGGCAGCAUCAGCGAGCACAACCCCCAAGCCAGCCGUGCGUGUUGUCGCCACGCCCUGUGCACACAGGCGCUGCAUGUCUACCGCUGUGUGCCCUCCUGGAUACAACCUCCACGGUUGUGAUGCGGGCGGAAGGUCAAGCGGCCUUUCGAUGACAAACAACAGCUGCACAGCCUUUGGGCUUUUCAGUUGGCGAUAUUGGACCGACAGCAUUUGGGCUGUUGCGCACUGCGAGCUGAUGCCCAGCUUCGUGGUCCAGGAUCCCUCCCCAGGACCAACAUUGUCGCCGGAUGCUUGUGAGCCGGGCGGCGACACGCUUUUGACUGCCUCUUGUGCUGGAGCCGAGGUGCUGCGGUGCACCUGUGAUUCUCCUGCAGGGCUGUGCAAUCAGCUAGGGGGCUUGGCCUUCGAGCCAACCGGUGAUACCUGCAAGCUCCAGAACCGCUGCAUCAGCACACGCCACCCGCGUGGUGCAAGCAGAGGCGUCAGGAUAGCUGCGCUGUGCAGGGAGUGA